UUAUAAUGAUAUAAAGAGCGUUUUGUCUUAAACCAACAGAAAGACAAGAUGGUGAUUGUGCAAGAAGACUGCUAGUCAGAUGGGUCGAACUGUAGAUUAAGUGACAUAAACGUAGACCGUCUUCUAAAAGAAAACAUCUGAUACAAACUAAAACUAUUGAAAAAUGGAGUUGGAAAGAAGACGCGGUCGAACAUCUGAUAUUUACUUGGAUCUUGUACAGAAACAAAACGAUUCAGCUGCUGUCCUUACAUCCUCUUGUGAACAAUGGUUAAGAGCUAGAAAUAAAUCUUUGACGCAAUUGGCUUCAUUAGCUGAAGAUUUGGACAUGCAUCACUCGAAUGUCAACAAGGCUUCGUUGGCUGGCAGCUCUGUUAGUGCAGUAGGUGGGGUCUCGUUUUGUGCUGGUUUAAUCUUAGCUCCUUUUACUGGCGGACUCUCAAUGGUAUUAACCAUAGGGGGCGCUGCCGCCAGUUUUGGAGGAGGGGUAACGGCGUUCGGAGCUUCGCUUACAGAGUUUGGGAUCACUUUUGCAAGAUGCAAACAAAUUCAAAAUGUGUUGGAAUUGGAUAAAGCUAAAACAGAAAAAUUAAUACGCGUUAUGGACAGAUUUGUUCAUAUAUCCAACCAGCUGGAUGAAUUUAUCCAAACUACAUGUUUUACUGAUGUAGAUUUAAUUGAAAUCGCCAAGCAGUCAAACAUGUUGUUCAAAAAGGCUAAACUUGGAAAGGAGGCUAUUCUCAAAGUUAUCGAAUUGGCAAAAAAAAUCCAGGAUCCGGAGGUUAGAAAGUAUUUUAAAAUGCUUGAAGAUGCCCUUUCGUUUGGUGGAAUAACAAUCCCGAAUAUUGGUAACUUACAAUUGAAAGAUUUAAAAUCUCUUAACCUGCGAAAACUUACUACGUUCAGUAUAAAUGAACUGAAAGAACUGGCGAAAGGAGUGUUUUUGAAUCCAGCAAAACUGUCGAGGACUGCAAAAUUUGGAAUGGGUGCGGUCAGCGUUGUAUUUGUGGUGGUGGAUAUUUGGAGCAUCGUCAGUACCGUUGAGGACAUGAAAAAUGGAUCGAAGACAAAAGUUAGCAUGAAGAUUAGAGAAUUGGCGACAAAAUUAGAAGAUGGAAAACAAAUCAUCAACGACAUCAUCUAUGACUAGGAUUACAAUUAAUGGUAUUAAAGGGCCAUUAUGGAAGAUUACAUUGUAGAUAAAGAGCUGACAGUUCUCGCUACAAUAGUUUUAAAAAAAAAACGAUAGUGUAAUGGGAAUACAAUACAAUUAUGGCCUAGUCUCGAUUAUCCAUUUUUACGGUUAAUCAUCAACCGCCGUUGAAACACAGGUCGGAAUCAAAUUUGUUGAAAAUCGGACCCAUCGGAUGGCAUCGAGAGUUGAUUAUGGUCUUUCCAUGUUGAUAAAUGUCUAAUUAAUAAUUUAUAUAAUAUCUAAAGCCUAAAGAAAGAUCUGCAAUAGGCAUAUUUUGCUCUUGCGUAAUGCCUGUUUCAAUUUCGAUUUCUGUGUUUAUUUCAAUUCAGUUUAUUUCAAUUUAUUUGAUUUUAUUUCAAUUGCUGUCGAUUUUUUUGUAUAAAUAAUAUCAGUGUUUCGGCUAAGGAGGUUGUCUUCGUGGACAUGGAACAAACUUAUAUACAAAGAAUUAUUGAACUAAUAAAUCAAUUAAGGUGGUGGGGGCGUUUCCAACCGAAUUCAUUAAUUUAGCACCUCUUUACUUGCAUUAGGCUUUUCUAUGAAUUUCAAAGAUCUGUAUGCAAUUUGUUAUUCUAAAUAAAGUUUCAUAAGUAACA